AUCCCAUAAUAAUCUUUGCUCACUCCCAGAGCGGACGAACAACAAGAGAAACGCAAGUGCGAUCGAAUCGUGUAGUCCGCGCCAUUUACCCCAGAGCCGAUCGCUCCAUGAAGCUUCACAAUGUGUGAACGAGUCGGCAUUUUUGCGGGAUUUUGGUGUAUUCUUUUAGGUUUUCAGGUGCAAUUUUUGCCAGGGCUUUACUCGCUGCAUACACAGGCCAAGCGCUCCCUCGACGAUUUAAAAAAUCACAAUAACACUCGACUGGUUGAUGUGUCAGCAAGAAUUGACAAUGAGACUGGUAUCAUUGGCAGGAAAAUAUCACUGAAGUGUGUGGUAUCUGGCAUUGUCCAGGCAAAUAUCACAUGGUACAAAAAUGGUAUUGCCUUGGACAGUGACAAGAAGGGAAGAGUAUCAAUAAAAAGUUUGGAUAAAGAGAAAGAAGGCUCACGUUUGAAGAUUAAAUCAUUAAGGUUGUCAGAUGCCGGAAUUUAUAAAUGUACAGCCUGGAGUGGACUUCUCCUUGCAGUUAGCAAUAAUGCCUUUUUAGUUGUUAAAGCUCCAGAACUUCCAACAAGACAACUUAUAGAUACUGAAGAUCCUGUGACAAACUUCACCCUCUUCAAGUCUUCUGAUGAAGCAUUUACAGAUGAUAUCAACUACCCUGGCCCCACUACAAGGCCAGGAUACUGUGUGAGGUACACCGGACACAUCUGCUCCAAGUCCAUCAAUCAUAAAAAGAGUGUUUUCAUCAGCGCUGUCAAUCAGCAAGGGUCCAUUGAGAAGAAGCUAGAGAUUGCCUUCAAUACUAUAUCCCGUUCUAAAAAACUCAGUGAUAGCUGCCAGCCUUAUGUCCUCCCCCUCCUGUGCCACUACUUGUUCCCCUAUUGUGAUGAUGCUGCAUCUCAGCCCCAGCCCCGCCCUCUUUGCUAUGACGAGUGUGAUCUCUUGAGGAAAGACGUUUGCUCAGAGGAGUAUAAAGAAGUGCAGAAGGAGUCUCUAUCUGUGGUAUUGUUUCCUGAUUGUGAGCGUCUCCCAAGUCGGGAUAGUGUUCAGGGAAAGAAAUGCAUUCGGUUAGGGAUACAGACUAGAAGAGCCUGGCCAAAAGAGAGCAAAGGAGAUCUAUGCUUUAAUGGCACUGGAGAACAUUAUAAUGGAAACAUCAGCGUCACCGAAAAAGGCUUUGGGUGUCAGAGAUGGAACGUGACAACGCCACACUUUCACCUCAUGUCGCCCGCAACUUACCACGAGUUGCGUGGAGGGCAUAACUAUUGCCGCAACCCUGGUGGCAAGAAGCAGCGCCCUUGGUGCUUUACUACUGAUCCUCGCCAGAGAUAUGAUUACUGUGACAUAGCGAAAUGUGAAGACGAGCUGCCCGUGAUCCACGUGGUCAGCAUCCUGUAUACCGUGAUCCCUUGCCUGCUCAUAGCCGUCAUCUUCUUUUCUGUGGUGAUUUUCUUCUGCUGGCGAUGCGACAAGCAGAUUAUCUACCAGGCGGAUGAGAGCGCCGCGCCCAUGCCUCUCAUGCCGGUCAUAGUGAAGACGACAUCCAAGAUUCGCGAAAUCAAGGAAUCUCUGAGGUUACUUAAAGAGCUCGGAGAAGGUGAUUACGGCAAAGUCUACUUCGGAGAAAUAACGACCAAAUCCGAGGGCCGUCUGAUGGCCACAAGCGUCCUUGUCGUGUCGUUACGAGAAUCGCACGAAGUCGACGUCAGAGACGAGUUCUUUGAGAAGGCGGAAGCAUGGUCGAAACUGCAACAUCCGAACAUUAUAACAAUAGUCGGCAUGUGCAACAAAAGCGUGCCUACGUGUGUGCUCUACGAGUACCUCGAAUAUGGGACCUUGCACGAGUACCUCGUCCGAAACGCUCCUAUCGACGAUCCGGAGGCCGAGGAGGAGAUUGCGGACCCCCUGUGGUGUGACGGUUUAAUAUCGAUCGCAUAUCAGGUGGCGGCAGGAAUGAACUACUUAUCGAGUAAUAACAUUGUUCAUGGCGAUUUGGCCACUCGGAACUGUAUGGUCGGACCGGGCCGGACGGUCAAGAUUACGGACGUUGCUUUAACGCGAUUGGGUUACUCACAUGACUAUUAUCGACAGCUGCAUAGGCGGCCCCUCCCCGUUAGGUGGAUGGCGCCUGAAGCUAUCCUCAGCUAUCGCUUUACUCCGGAGACGGACAUAUGGUCGUUUGGAGUCCUUCUAUGGGAACUAUUCUCUUACGGUGCUCAGCCACAUUUCGGAUUUUCUAACGAGGAUGUAAUGUUCCGAUUACGAGAAUGCAUACUGCUGCCUUGUCCGGUAGACUGUCCGGCCUCUGUGUACCGACUUAUGAAAGAAUGCUGGGACAUUUUACCGCCCAGUCGACCACGGUUCAGUACAAUACACACGCAUCUUGGCGUGCUGAGAUGCAAUGCGCAAUGAAAUAAAUAUCCAGCAUUUCUUGCGGUAAUUAUCCUUCACAGCAUCCAUUGCGACCGUCACACUACCCAACGUUCCUUGCAGCCAUAACCCUACCCAGCAUUCCUUGCGGACAUCAUUGCUUUUCCAGCAUAGCUCUACCCAGAAAUCCCCGAGUCUCAUGCACAUAGCUUUACACAAUGCCCUGCGACGUCAAAGUGAAACCCUAGUUUUAAAGUGAUGUAACAGUUGACCACGCAAAGUUAGCGACUGUAAAACCAUUGUUUUUAUUCGUCUCUAACAACGCUUCGCCAAUGGCGCAAGGUGCUGUCGAAAAGGAGUAUUAAAUAGAUUUGCCGUUCAAUUUUAUCAUUCUGCCGGCAGGUUAUCACGGGUGGGCAUGUCUUGGCUGCAAGGCAUUCUGGUUACAGUAUACAGGAGCGCAGGCUGGUCGCUGGCUGUCUGAAAAGCCUGGGUCGAGAGGCAAUGCCUUCUGGGUUUUUGUUUUGAGCUUCUAAGAAUUACAAAAUCACUUGUUGCUGAUGCAAUAAAUUGCAAAAUCUUAAAUGCUGCUCGGAAAAUGAAUAAGGUUAUGUUUAUUAAUCAAGAAUACAAAUAUAGAGAUAUAUAUUAUAAUAAAUUUCCUACCGCUUUGUAA